AUGUCGUGUAUAGGUGAACAAGAACUCAUGUGUUGCAAGGUUGCCAUGUGUAGUGAACACAACCUCAAGUUUGUAUAUAGUGAACAAGAACCUCAUUGUAGUGAACAAGAAACCUCUAUGUCUUUUAUGUUACCAGAGUGUAGCAACAAUAAACUCUGCGUGUUAAAGCUAAACAGUAGUCAAGAACCUCUAUGUGUUGUGUUUAAACAGUGUAAGAAAAAGAACAAGAACCUCUGGCAAAGGUGUGUAGUGAACAAGAACCUCAUGUUGUGUUUAAACAGGUCACACUCAAAGCUCACACUCAAGGUUCACACUCAAGGUUCACACUCAAAGGUUCACACUCAAGGUUCACACUCAAGGUUCACACUCAAAGGUUCACACUCAAAGCUCACACUCAAGGUUCACACUCAAAGGUUCACACUCAAAGCUCACACUCAAGGUUCACACUCAAAGGUUCACACUCAAAGUUCACACUUAAGGCUCACACUCAAAGGUCACUCUCAUGUGGAGCCCAAUGGAGAUGUGGCCACAGGGGAGAAGGGGCUGUUCCCUAACGUCAUCAACCUGGCCACACGAGCACGUAUCACCGCCAACGCUACCUGUGGUCAAGAUGGCUCUGAGGUGUACUGCAAGUUGACGGAACACUCGGGUAACCGUGCACCUCAGUGUGGUGUGUGUGAUUCUCGCUCACCCGACCCUGCCAGGCGUCAUCCCAUCACCAACGCCAUCGACGGCACUAACUCCUGGUGGCAGUCCCCUUCACUCGCCGCCAACAGGAAGUUCGAGUGGGUCACCAUCACCCUCGACUUAGAACAGGUGUAUCAAGUGGCUUACGUUAUCGUCAAGAGCGCUGUCUCCCCGCGGCCUGGCAACUGGGUGCUGGAACGCUCACUGGAUGGCCGCAAUUUCCAGCCCUGGCAAUACUACGCUCUGUCGGAUUCAGAGUGCCUCACGGCGUUCGGAGUUCCCCCAACCCGCGGCCGCCCCGGUGUCUACACCUCCGACACUCAGGUCAUCUGUACCUCUUACUUCUCCAGACUCAACCCCUUGGAGGGAGGCGAGGUGCACACCUCGCUGGUGAAUGGUCGCCCAGGGUCCUCAGGGCCGUCGAAAGCCCUCCGUCAGUUCACAGAGGCUCGUUACGUCCGUCUGCGACUUCAGAGGAUCAGGACGCUGCAUGGUGACCUCCAGGGACGCUCCUCACAGUCUGACGCCUCUGUUACCAAGCGUUACUUCUACUCCAUCAAGGACAUCAGCAUCGGCGGGCAGUGUGUGUGUAAUGGUCACGCUGAGAACUGUGAGACGGAUACUCAGGCACAAUUAGCGAGGUGUUCCUGCGUUCACAACACUUGCGGAGACAACUGUGACAGCUGUUGCCCUCUAUACAACCAGAAACCUUGGCGGGCCGGGAACUACAGUGACGGAGGAGUGUGUGAGAAGUGUCAAUGUCACGGCCAUGCUGAUAGUUGUGUGUACGAUGAUGAAGUGGCCAGAAAACGACUUUCCCUCAAUACCUGGGGGGAGUACGAGGGAGGUGGCGUGUGUCAGGAGUGCCAUCAUAACACCGACGGCGUCAACUGCGAUCGGUGCAAAGUCGGAUUCUACCGACCUCAGGGUGUGGUGCCAGAUGACCCUAGGGCGUGUCUACCUUGUGAAUGCUCUGGACCUGGGACCACGGGUGACUGUGUUCAAGAUGACUCUCAGUUCAAUCUUGGUUUCUUCCCUGGAGCCUGUAUCUGCAAGCGAGGAUUUCAUGGACCUCGGUGUAGCCGGUGUGACAAGGGCUACCGUCGCUACCCACUGUGCGAGCCAUGUCCCUGUGACCGUGCUGGCUCUCUCAAUGAGGAGUGUGAUGGUGACUGUGUCUGUAAGGAAAAUGUGGUUGGCCCUAGCUGUGACACAUGUGCUGCAGGACAUUUCCACCUGGAUACACGUAACCCAAUUGGCUGCACACCUUGCUACUGUAAUGGUGCUACGAGUUCAUGUGAAGCUGCUAGACUAGCGGUUUACACUGUGUUGCAACAUGGAAACUGGCACGUAACAGAUCUGCAAAGAAGAAGAAUAGUUGCAGCCUCUCAGGAGAACAUGAACGUCAGAAUUGCACAUGAUGAUAUGGCUGAAUACAAUGCUUAUUACUGGCUCGCUCCUGAUGAUUAUCUGGGCACAAGAACCACCUCAUAUGGACAAACCUUAACUAUUAAGGUGUCUUGGGUAAAACUCAGAGGAGACACAUCAGGCCAAGCAACCCGCUGCCCGGAUGUCAUCAUUGAGGGAGCUGGAUACCGUAUUGCUUAUGGUGACAACACUUACCGACGAGGGAAGUCUACGCUUCUUGAGAUUCCAUUUUAUGAACACGAUUGGUUCCAUUUCUCUAAGGAUGUAUUGGACAUAGAGCUUGACACUAAACCUAAGACAUACAGAGGCCAGGCAGUGUCACGACGGGAGAUGAUGGAAAUCCUCAGUUCUCUGGAAACGUUGAUGAUCAGGGCCAGAUUCCAUACAGUGCAGAUUGAAGGAAUUCUCCACAAUGUGAUCCUGGAAUAUGGAGCUGAAGGCACGGCAACUCUUGUGACUGGUGCUGUGGAACGCUGCAAUUGUCCUCCAGGAUAUAGUGGCUUGUCCUGUGAGUUCUGUAAACCAGGAUACCGAAGAGUCAACAAGACGGUGUAUGGUGGAGUCUGUGCAUCCUGUGAGUGUAGUGGUCAUGUGGAUACUUGUGACCCCUUCAGUGGUGCCUGUGGGGAGUGCAAGCAUAACACAGUUGGUCAUAAAUGUGAGAGGUGUGCUGCAGGGUAUUUUGGAGAUGCCACCUUGGGCACUCCUGAUGCUUGCCGUGCAUGUGAGUGUCCACUGCCUCUUGGAGCUAACCACUUCACCCCCAGAUGUGUCCCAGACCUUGACCUUGGUGGAUACAAAUGUCAGUGUCCAACAGGUUAUAAUGGAGUCAAAUGUGAAAGAUGUGCUGAUGGAUAUUUUGGCAACCCACUUGUCCCUGGCAAUUUCUGCCAGCCAUGUCAGUGUAAUGGCAACCUUGACUUACGGAAACGUGAUAAUUGUGACCGCCAGACUGGACAGUGCCUCAAGUGUGUUGGUAACACUGCUGGCUGGCAUUGUGAAAAGUGUAAAGACAAAUAUUAUGGUGAUCCAAAAAGGGGUCAUUGUCUGAAUUGUGGUUGCCAUGAACGAGGAUCAUUAAGAGCACAGUGUGAUUCUGAGAGUGGCCAGUGCCAGUGUAGGCAACUCUUCACAGGACGCCAGUGUGACAGAUGUAUUAGUGGUCAUGGUGGUGUGGAUGAGGGAUGUCCUCGGUGUCAGUGUAAUCCAGAAGGAUCAGUCAGUCACAUAUGUGAUCCCUUUACUGGAGAAUGUCCAUGUAAGCCAGGUGUUGCUGGCCGGAACUGUAAUGAAUGUUUGCCUGACCACUAUGGCACCCUGAACACUGGCUGUAAGAGUAAGUACAAACUAAAUUUUUGUUUCAAUAUUUGCUUCAUUGGCGUCUUCAAGAGUAAGUACAGUACAAAGAUUAUUGCUUUAUAUACCUGGCUAGAUAACCCAUAUGUUGGCACCUGGGCACUAGCUACCCUGAAUGUUGGCACCUAG